AUGGAGAAAUCAAGGGAGCUGCUACAGCACAGAGCAGUGGAUUAUUGGAUGGUUGAAUGUCAUCCAUAUCUAAAGCAGGAGAAACUUCUGGAAUUUUGUAAAUCCAAUGAUAUUGUUCUUGUUGCCUACUGUCCUAUUGGAUCAUCUCGACAUCCUAAUUGGACUGACCAGAGUACUCCUGUUGUCCUGAUGGAUCCCCAGUUAAGUUCUAUUGCUGAGAAAUACAGCAGAACUGUUGCCCAGAUAGCCUUACGAUACCUGCUGCAGCGUGGAAUUGCAGUCAUCCCAAAAAGUUUUAAUCUUGGAAGAAUUAAAGAAAAUUUUCAGGUAUUUGACUUUACAUUAGCUGAAGAGGAUAUGAAUCUAAUCAAUAAUAUCCCUAUAAAGACUCGCUAUAUAAACAUGUUCACAAAUUAUCCUGAUUGUCCGUUCCUUGAUGAAUAUUGACUUGGAGAUGAACUGGAUGCCUAAGAAAGAUGUACUGUCCAUUCAGCGAUUUUCCUGCUUGUGCAUUUUAUAUUAAAACUAUUGCAGCAGAUUAGUUAUGAAAAGAAAAAGCAGGCAGAAUCUGUGUAACAUUAUUACUGUGAGCACACACCAUAUUAGUGGUAUUUUUAGUACACUGAUAGCAAAUUAAACUUAUUGGAAUAUGCAACCUUUAAAA